ACUGUCCAGGUCAAGUUAGAGCUGGGACAUCGAGCCCAACUGCGUAAGAAGCCCACCAUGGAGGGAUUCACCCAUGACUGGAUGGUGUUUGUCCGUGGCCCGGAGCAGUGUGAGAUCCAGCACUUCGUGGAGAAGGUGGUCUUCCGGCUGCACGACAGCUUCCCCAAGCCCAAGCGAGUGUGCAAGGAGCCCCCCUACAAAGUGGAAGAGUCUGGUUAUGCUGGCUUCAUCAUGCCCAUCGAGGUGUACUUCAAAAACAAGGAGGAGCCUCGCAAGGUUUGCUUCACCUAUGACCUGUUCUUGAACCUGGAGGGCAACCCACCUGUCAACCAUCUGCGCUGUGAGAAGCUCACCUUCAACAACCCCACCAUUGACUUCCGGUACAAGCUGUUGAUGGCUGGAGGGGUGAUGGUAAUGCCCGAAGGAGCAGAAACGGUGUCCAGGCCCAGUCCUGACUACCCCAUGUUACCCACAAUUCCACUCUCUGCCUUCUCUGACCCCAAGAAGAACAAACCAUCCCACGGCUCCAAGGACGCCAGCAGGGAGAACAGCAAGGCCUGCAAGGCCCAUAAGGCAACUAAGGAGCACCGAGAGCGGCUGCGCAAGGACUCAGAGAGCAAGGGCCCUUCCAAGGAGCCGGAGCGUGAGCAGGCCAGGAGUGCCAAGGACGCCUCUCGGAAGCUGGGCGAGGGCCGGCCGCCCAAGGAGGAGAAGGCUCCGCCACCCAAGGCUGCAUUCAAGGAGCCCAAGAUGGCCCUGAAGGAGACUAAACUAGAAAGCAUGUCCCCAAAGGGGGGUGCCCCGCCCAAGUCUUCCAGCAAGCGGCCAGCGGCGGCCGACUCACCCAAGCCCAGCGCCAAAAAGCAGAAGAAGAGCAGCUCCAGAGGGUCCAGGAGUGCCCCUGGCACCUCGCCCCGCACCUCGUCUUCCUUCUCAGACAAAAAACCGGCCAAGGACAAGGGCAGCACCAAAGGGGAGAAAGCCAAGGCCGAGAGUGAGUCCAGGGAGAUAAAAAAGCCCCCAGAGGUAGAGGAGUCCAACUCGGAGGAUGAGGCCUCCUUCAAGACAGAGUCCGCCCAGUCAAGCCCAUCCAACUCCAGCUCCAGCUCCGACUCCAGUUCGGAUUCGGAUUUUGAGCCAUCUCAGAACCACAGUCAAGGACCGCUGCGCUCCAUGGUGGAGGACCUGCAGUCUGAGGAAUCUGAUGAGGAUGACUCUUCGUCAGGCGAGGAGGCCUCCGGCAAGACGAAUGCAGGGAGGGAUUCCAGGUUGAGCUUCAGUGACAGCGAGAGUGAUAACAGUGCUGAUUCCUGCUUGCCCAGCCGAGAACCCCCUCCCCCCCAAAAGCCACCUCCACCCAACAGCAAGGCGUCAGGCCGGAGGAGCCCGGAGUCCUGCAGCAAGCCCGAGAAGAUCCUCAAGAAAGGCACCUACGACAAGGCCUACACAGAUGAGCUGGUGGAGCUGCACCGGAGGCUGAUGGCUCUGCGGGAGCGCAACGUGCUGCAGCAGAUUGUCAACCUGAUUGAGGAGACCGGUCACUUCAACGUAACUAACACCACCUUCGACUUUGACCUCUUCUCCCUGGACGAGACCACCGUGCGCAAGCUGCAGAGCUACCUGGAAGCAGUGGCCACAUGACCCUGGGCCGGGUGCCGGACCCCUGUUGCCAGGGUCCUGGGAGGCCGUGUUCGGGCCCCGCCCUCCUUCCUCUCUCAACUCGCCUGCCCGCAGCACUGCCUUAGUGACCGCCCUGUCCUUGGCCCACACGGCCAGCUGCACUUUUCCUGUUGGCUCCCGACCCACCCUCCCCACCACCUCAUUGUCGGGAGCCCUGGGCCAAGGGGGGGCCAAGCCGGCGCUGCUGCUCUCUGCCACUCAGGUGCCAUCACCUGGCCCCCCUGGGACGGUGGCUUGUGUGUUGCAGGCAGCGCCUGGUGGCGAGGGCCUUCUUGCCUGGCCUUGGACGUCUCCCUCCGCCCCUAGCCCUGCUCCCUAGCCGGCGUGUGGCACAGGUUCGCCGCCGGUCUUCUGAGCAGACAGGCACCACCUCCAGCCUCUUCAAACGGUCCAGAACAUAGCCCUGCACCCCAGGACCUCAGAGGGCUCCGGCGUGUGUCUGCAGCCAGCUGUGCCAGGCCUGGCCUGGCCUGGUUCUUGUGGAAGCAGGACCUGUCCCCUCUGUCGGCGCUCACUGUGCUGGGGCUCCAUGCUGUAUAGUUCUCUCUAUAUUAUAUAUAUAUGUAUGCACUGUAGGUACCAGGGAGGUUUCCGGGUGUGCGUUUCCGUGGCAGCAAUGCACGUGGGGGGUGGGGGGUGCGGCGGGACUUUUAGGUUAAGAUGUCUCCACUGGUCUUGUUAGGCUGGAGCCCAGCUGGGCCAACUGGGGGUUCCUGCUGGCUCUGCAGGCUCGGGGAGGGUUCUCCCUCUGUGGUUCCCAGGGCGCCUCGUCCUC